AUGAUCGAGCAUCAGGUGCCUGGGAAGCAAGAAGGCACAUUGACUGUUCGCGACGACCGAACAGGCCACUCCUACACCAUCCCCAUCAUCCACAAUGCCGUUCCUGCCCUGGGCUUCCGACAGAUUGUCAAGGACCGAAAAAACAAGACGCCUCGUCAGCAGUUUGAAGAGGGUCUGCGUGUGAUUGAUCCCGGUUAUCGCAACACGGCCGUCAAGAUGUCGGGCAUUACCUACAUCAACGGAGAACAAGGUGUCAUCCUCUACCGUGGCCACCCUCUGGGUUCGCUCGUCGGCAAGUCCUAUGAAGAAAUCACCCAUCUGCUGGUCUGGGGCUCGCUGCCCACCGAGUCGCAGCGCCUCAGCUUCCAGCGCAAGUUGGCUGAAGCCAUGGUUCUGCCCGAUGUGGUCCGCCAGGCUGUGACCAACCUUCCCCGCGAUGUCCCCGCCACCGUCCUCAUGGGCGCCGCUCUGACUGCCUAUCUCUCCGUGCACCCCGAGUACAUCCCCGCCUACGUGGGCAAGAACCUGUACAACGGCAAGAUGGACAAGGUCGACGAACAGCUCACCAGGACCCUCGGCAUCUCCGCCGUCACCAUCUCCAUCGUCUUCUGCCACAAGCACGGCCGCGAGUUCCGCCCCGCCGACCUCAACCGCAGCUACAUCGAGAACCUGCUGCACAUGGGCGGCUUCACCGAAGGCAACCCCAACGUCUCCCCCGAAAAGGCCGCCGACAUCUUCACCCGUCUCUGGGCGCUCUACGCCGACCACGAGAUGACCAACUCCACCUCUGCCUACCUGCACACGGCCUCUGCCCUCACCGACCCCAUCUCCAGCCUCAUCGCCUGUCUCCAGUCGGCCUACGGUCUCCUGCACGGUGGCGCCAUCGACGCCGCCUACACGGGGAUGCGUGAGAUCGGCGGCCCCGAGAACGUCCCCCACCUCAUCAACAAGGUCGUCAACAAGGAAGCCCGUCUGUCCGGCUACGGCCACCGCAUCUACAAGCUCCAGGACCCCCGCGCCGGCUACAUCAAGGAGAUGCUGGACGAGCUGACCCACGACACCGACAUUCGCCAGAUGGAUCCUGUCCUGGCCAUCGCCAUGGAAAUCGACCGAAUGGCCGGCCAGCACGAGUACUUUACCAAGCGCAACCUGCAGGCCAACGCCGAUCUUUACGGUAGCUUCGUCUACACUGCUCUUGGCGUCCCAUCUGACUUCUGCGUCGCUCUCGCCAUGUUGUCGCGGGUACCCGGUGUCCUGGCACACUGGAGAGAAGCCAUGUCCCGUCCCCCUGAGCUGUGGCGCCCUCUGCAGAUCUACACCGGUCCUACUUCGGUGACAGUAUAG